CCUCAAUUAUUUGCCUCCACCUGCAGUUAUGGCCGGCUUCACAAAUUCGAUCAGAUGGAGGACUAGCUCGUCUCUCUCCGCUCAUGCCGUUGCUUUCUGCACUACAUCUGUAUGUAUACGGUUAGAGAGGGGGAGAGAAAUUUCAAUCCUCCUUGUAUACGCCUCUCUCUCUCUCUCUCUCUCUCUCUCUCUCUCUCUCUCUCUCUCUCUCUAAAAGCAAGAUCCCAUACUCUUCAGCUGGCUUAUUUAUACGGCGGGCCUCACCUCCUCUGCUUCCUCCACAAGUGCAGCCGCAGCCACACUAGCUACGUACUUUGCCUGACUCCUCCAGUUUCAUGUGUGUGCCAGCUUCUUGGUGCUUGCAUAGUGAUCGAUGGACGACGCAAACAAGCCUCAACGGCCGCAGCAGCAGGAGGAGCAGAAGCCCAUGAGCGAGGACAAGACGACGAUGAUGAAGGUCUUGUCGGAGGACGGCGGUGGCGAGGCCGAACCGUCGUGGGAGUCCGGGGACGGCGACGCCGCCGACCACAACCACCGGGGAUGGAAGGCCAUGCCGUACGUCAUAGGGAAUGAGACAUUCGAGAAGCUUGGUACGAUUGGGACGUUGUCGAACUUGUUGGUGUACCUGACGACGAUAUACCACAUGCCCAGCGUCAAAGCCGCCACCCUCCUGAAUGUCUUCUCCGGCACCAGCAACCUCGCCACGGUCUUUGGUGCCUACAUCAGCGACACCUACCUCGGCCGUUACAUCAUCAUCACUGUAGGCACCGUCUCCUCCUUCAUCGGCAUGCUCAUCCUCACCCUCACAGCUGCCCUCCACUCCCUCCACCCUCCAACGUGCAGCUCAUCCAAAGUGAAACAAUGUCAAGGCCUAACUGACUCCCAGAUUGCCGCGCUCUUGGUGUCCUUCUUCUUCCUUGUUGUCGGCGCGGGCGGCAUUCGGCCCUGCAACUUGGCCUUCGGGGCCGACCAGUUCGACCCGCGGACCGCCGACGGCCGUCGUGGCAUUGCUAGCUUCUUCAACAGGUACUACUUCACCUUCACCAUCGCCAUUAUGAUCUCUGCCACCGUCAUCAUCUACCUCCAGAGCUACGUCAACUGGGCGCUGGGCCUCGCCGUGCCCGCCGCGCUCAUGGGCCUCUCAUGUGCCGUAUUUAUCAUGGGAACGCGCCUCUAUGUUCGUGUUCGGCCCGAGGGCAGCCCAUUCACUAGCUUCGCCCAGGUCCUCGUCGCUGCCACUCGCAAGCGCCACCUCCGGCAAGCUCUUGGCGCCGAGGCCGAGUUGUUCGACCCGCCACACAAGAGCAAGCUCGUCUCCAAGUUGGCAUACACCAACCAGUUCACAUGCCUGGACAAGGCGGCCAUGUGGACCCCUAAGGACUUGCUAUCUGCUGACGGGAAGACGCCGGUGCACCCGUGGCGGUUGUGCACGGUGCAACAAGUGGAGGAGGUGAAGUGUCUGGCGCGCAUCAUCCCGGUGUGGUCGGCAGGGAUCGUCUACUCUGUGGUGCUCACCCAGUUGGGCACCUACGUCGUGCUCCAGGCGGCGCAGACCGACCGUCGGAUCAGUAAAUCCAGUGGCUUCCAGAUCCCGCAGGGCUCAUUCAUCAUCUUCCAGAUGCUAGCCCUCACACUCUGGAUCCCCAUGUACGACAGGUUCGUGGUGCCGGCACUCCGGCGCUUCACCGGGUGCGAGGGUGGCAUCACCCUGCUUCAGCGAAUCGGCGUCGGGCUGGUGCUCUCCGUGGUCACGAUGCUGGUGUCAGCGGCGGUGGAGCGCCGACGACGAAGGAUCGGCUCAUUGAUGCCGUGGUUUUGGCUGGUGCCACAGCAGUUGCUGGCGGGGCUGUCGGAGGCGUUCGGUGCCAUCGGACAGAUCGAGUUCUACUACCGGCAGUUCCCGGAGAACAUGCGGAGCGUGGCGGGGGCGGUCAGCUUCCUGGGGAUCGCGGUGGCGAGCUACGCGAGCGGUCUGAUGGUGACGGUGGUGCACAGGGCAACGCGACGGCGGGACGGGCGGCCGGACUGGCUGGCUCAAGACUUAGACGAGGGCAGGGUGGACCUAUUCUACCUUGUCAAGGCCGCCCUCGCCGGAGUGAACGUCGUCUACUUCGUGGCAUGCGCGAGGUGGUACAAAUUCAAGAGGUCUGGUGAGGAUGCCCUCGCCAGUGAUGACGUCGACCUCGAUGAAAGCCCCGAGAAGGCUGCGAAUAAUAUGACGCCGGUUUAGAUUAGUGCGUGAUGAUUAUAGUAGUAUUACGUAACUCGGAUGCAUGCAUAGAUCGUUAGGUUAAUGGAAAUGUAUAUGCUAUAUGUGUAUGAUCGAUCAUUGAUCCUAGUGAUGUUGGGUGUGCUUUGCUCCGCGAUGGUGUCGUUGGGUUUUCAUAUUUUUCUUUUUACUUCCUUUAUCUCAGAAUAUAAGUCAUAUUAGUUUUAGAAAAUGACAAACAUCUUUAAGUUUGCCAAUUUGUAGAGAAAUAUAUCAAUAUUCAGAAUAUCAAAUAUGUAUUAUUAGAUUCAUCAUCAAAUGAUUCUUCAUAUUUUAUUUAUUUAGUAUUGCGAUCGAUAAUUUUUAGCUCUGAACUUGGUCAAAAUUAACAGAAUUUGACUUUCAAGAACAAAUACACACUAUAUUUUAGAAUUGAAACGGAACCAACCAUUCAUGCAUAAAAGUUGGCCGCUACAUAUCUAUUUUUUUUUAGAGACACGGUCACUACACGCACCUCAUAGUCGACUUCUACUUAAAAAUUGCAACAUAAAUUUUUAAUAAAAAUUAAGAAAAAUGUGAGCAUCUAUGCCAGGUCUUGAACUUAAACCCGGGUGGAUAGGUUCGACCACAAGAAACAUAACCAACCGAGUUACGCUAAGUUCACGGUUGCCUGUAUAUAUUAAUGCGUCUAUCGUACUAUCGUACAUACAUGUACCAUUUAAUCCAUCGUCCAUCCAUCACUCAAUAUAUAGUAUUACUGUUUUAGAAUAUACUCCCUCUGUCUCAACAAAAGUGCCACUGAUUUAAUACAAAAUUCUACUAACUUUGUACUAAAUUAAUGACACUUAUUUUGGGACGGAGGGAGUAGUUGGUCAAACAUUUUUACAACAACAAGCAAUUGUUAUUUUUGCUAGUUAUAAUUUCAGAUGGAAGGUUCCCACAUUUUGCAAAGACAUCCUAACAUUUUUUAACAUAUAAUGCAAAACAGAACUUAUAUGUAUACAACAAAUACCCAAUCAAUGCAACAUUCAAAAACAUACGAACUUGAUAAUUUAUGACAUACACAUAAUUUAUACAGCAAACACAAAAUCAUCACAACAUACCAUCUAUAUAUGUAUCUGUAACAUUUUAUGCAGUUUACAAAAUAACCAACUAGAACACUACAACUUGUUCCAGUACAGAAUCAAUUCAGACUGACCUAACAAAAAUUUAAAGUACGGCUAUAUAAAUACCACACACCAAGAUUAGAUAUAGGAAUUCAACUUAGGAGAACCAUUAUGGUCCCAAAAAAAUACCAAACUUGCCGGUGGGGAGUUUGGCCGAACUUAUUUUGCAUAUGUGACGAUGAUGGGGAUUGAACCAAGUUUAUAUGACGGCCCGUUGUUUAUUCUUCGUUUGAAAUCUCUCCUAAACUAAUUAUGCAUUAUAGUGGCAAACAAACCAGCAAUGCAUGCACACAUGUAGAGAAACACAUAACAAAUAAGUGAUCAAUAACGGACUUGAAUAAUUGUGACCAAAUUUAGGCUCGCCGGGUUUGGAUAUGAAUUUCUUAAUUACCGACGUUGAAACCACAGUGAGGAGAGCACCAUGCUUGUGAUGGACGUUGCAUAUUUCCAAAUAUCUAGACAACUAGUAAUACUCUAGGCGUGACUAUAUUUGACUUGAACAAGAAAUAUUUUUUAG